AUGCUUCGCGCGGCUCGUUUGUGUCUCUCCUGGAGACCUGCUGCGAUUCAGCACCUCCCAGAUGUAGCUCCUGAGCCGUACCCCAAAAAAAUAGAGGAGGUUCAACGACAAUACCGACCUUUAUCCCUUAAGGCCCGACAAGCUUUAGCAGAAAAGUCAGAUGAAGUGCAAUAUCAUGUUAUUACUCAGGAUUGGUUUGGGCAACGUGUAGACAGUUUUCUUUCCCAACAUCAUCCAGAGUGGAGUUAUGAUACUAUUAAAAAAUUGGUGCAACAGGGUCAUAUUUACCGUUACCGUAAGAAUGGAAAAAAGAAGUUUACUCGUUUGACAGAUAGAUUGGAGUUUGAUGAACUACUUGUUGUACCGACUCAUUCUUUUUGGGAGAAACAACUUGCUCCUCCUACAGGUGUUCACCAAGAAGAUAAAACUCAACCACAAUUUAAACUUUCUUCUCAAGUUCGAGAGAUGGCACAUAAUAUGGUACUAUUUAAAAAUGAACAUGUUAUUGUUAUAAACAAACCUCAUGGUGUUCCUAUGAUGCCAACUAGUAACCCUCAAGAAAUGAGUAUAACCGCUAUGUUACCCGCUUGGAAAUAUACUAAUACGGUUAAACCUAUUGUGUGUCAUAAUCUUGAUAAAGAUACAAGUGGUUGUGUUGUUUUAGCUAGAACCAAAAAUGCACACCGUAUGCUUGGAAGAAUGUUUGUUAAAAGAGUAGUACCAAAUAGUGUCUACUGGGGUUUUUGUGUAGGUAAACCAAGCGUAAAUUUUGGGAGAGUACGUAUGCAUUUCGAAGUUACUAGAGGUAAUAAGGGUGAUAUUAUAAUUGCAAGACCUUCUCCUACUAAAACGUCUAAAGUGGGUAUUGCAGAAUUUGUAGUCAAUGCGAGUGCAUUAGAAUUUGGAACUUUUGUUUCUUUUUAUCCGUUAACAACACGUAGACACCAAGAGCGGAUUAUGGCGGCACAUGCUCUUCGUUGUCCAAUUCUAGGUGAUGCUAAGUAUGGAGGAGAAUCUGCAUUUCCAUCAUCAUUGUCACUAUUUUGGGAUCCAGAAGAUAAAGGGCUCCCAUUGCACUUGCAUCAUAGAAAGAUCCAAUUACCAUACAAGAAUAGUGCAGGAGAGUUUAUUUGUGUAACCGCUCCUCUACCUCCACAUAUGGAGAAGACGUUUAAAAAACUUGCUUGGCCAUGUGAAGUAGAUGACCCACUGAUACCAGGAUAG